AGGGUAAGUGAGAAACAUUACAUGGGAGAGAGGAUGAAAUAUUAAAAGGAGGGCGUGCUAUAGAAGGCGAGCAUUAAAAAAAUAAGGAAUCCCAUUCCCAUUUCCAUUUCCAUUUCCAUUCCCAUUCCCUCCACCAUAAUUCUCUCUUUCUCUCUCUCUCUCUCUCUCUCUCUCUAUAACCCUCGCAAGAAACGAAACGGAACGAAACGAAUUAAACAAACCCCAACUCCCCCUCAUCGCCUCCUCCAUCGCCAUGGAUCCUCCUCCUCCAUCACCACCACCACCACCACUUCGCUCCUCGUCGUCGUCGUCGUCGUCGUCGUCGUCGUCGUCGUCGUCGUCGCCGUCGCUUUAUUUGUCACCGAGCAUCUUCAUCAUCGCCGCCAUUAUCGCCUUCGUCAUCCUCGCCUCCGCCUCCAUACACCUCCUCCUCCGCUGCCUCUCCCGCCGCUCCCAUUCCCAUCCCUCCUCAUCCUACUACUCCUCCCGCGUCGCCCACCGCCUCUCCUCCUCCUCCUCCUCCUCCUCCUCCUCCGACGACGGCGACUCCGCGGCGGCGGCGGCGAACUCGGAUUGGGAGAAGGAGGCGGCGGCGGCGGCGCUGAUAUCGUCGCUGCCGCUGUUCACCCUGGGGUCGUCCCUGGCGGCCCCGCCCAAGUCGAGCCCGGACUGCGCCGUCUGCCUCUCCCCCUUCGACCCCGACGCCCAGCUCCGCCUCCUCCCCUCCUGCCGCCACGCCUUCCACUCCCACUGCAUCGACCCCUGGCUCCUCUCCUCCCCCUCCUGCCCCCUCUGCCGAUCCCCCAUCGCCCUCCCCCCCACCACCAACAACCCUAACCCUAACCCUAACCCUAACCCUAACAACUCCUCCAGAUCCCCCAGCUUCCGCAUCGAGAUCGGCAGCGUCAGCCGCCGCCGCCGAUCCAUCUCCCUCUCCUCCUCCUCCUCCUCCGGCGACCCCGAUCCACCGCCUCCUCCUCCUCCGGACCACCCUAAUCUCCGCUCCUACUCCAUGGACUCCUUCGACUACGUCGUCGAGGAGGAGGUCGAGGUCGUCGUCCCCCGCAUCUUCAAGGAGGAGAAGCCGCCCCCGGCCCCGCCGACGUCGGCGUCGGUGGAUCCGGAUCCGCAUCCGCAUCCCCAUCCCCCGGGGGACGAGGUGGCGGAGGCGGCGGCAGCGGGGGGAUCCGGGAGGGGCUGGCUCAGGGACUACGUCGACCGCCUCGCCUCCUCCGCCUCCUCCUCCUUCAACUCCCUCCGCUUCUCCGGCCGCUGGAGCCUCCGCUACGACUCCGGCGCCGCCGCUCCUCCCCCCGAUUCGUGGCUCUGGGACCUCGAGGACCACCCCCACCCGCCGAGGGACGAGGGCGAAGAGAGCGGCUUCUCCUCCUUCUACAGGUGGCUCGCCGGGGUAUAGCUGUAAAAUACACCAUCCUCACGAGGGCAGAUCCGUCAUUUUCUCCCCGUCUCAACCCCCCAGGUGCCGCGGCCGAACCUUCUUUUCGAAUAAAAAUCCCCGCAAAACAAAAGCGCCUCCCCUUUCGCCGUUUUUACGGACGGUGCCCCCCCACGUCGUUAGUUCCUGCUAUUACCACUCCUCCUCUCGCCCGCUGCUGCCACAUCCCGUGUUUUGUUUUCUCUCUCUUUUUUGGACUCUGGGGGUGAGAAUAUCGAUUGAGGCAAAAUUCAGUGGCGCCUUCUGACUCUGCUGGUUCCCGAGAGAUUUAUUACAUUCUGAUGAGCAAUUGCUGCUUUUUUUUUUUCUUUCUUUUUUUCUGAGAAAUUCUUGCAGCAGAGUUAUAUACAUACACCCUUACAAAUAUAUGAAAAUUAUUAUUACUUCA